AUGCCUACUAGUUCUGUCGACGAAAAAUUGCCCUUCAUUUCACCAGGUGAAGUCAAUGAUUAUAUAGCUGAGUAUGCAUUUGAAGGAAAAUGGGAUAAGGUUAUUGCUAUGUACUAUAAAUUCCCAGAGGCUCACACUGCAAUGAUCAACGAUUCCGUGGGCACUGCAUUGCAUGUGGCGGUAGAUUUGGACGAAGAAGAUGUUGUGAAAGAGCUUGUGAAUGCAAUUAUAACGAAAGAAAUUGACGAAGAAGAUGCUCUGAGAGAGGAGCAGCAGCAGCAGGGCCCACAAAGUGCAAAGAAGAAGGCUCUGGAAAUGGAGAACGAGCGAGGGGAUACACCUCUGCACGUUGCAGCAUCAAGGGGUUUCGCCAGAAUAUGCAAGUGCAUUAUAGGAAUAGCUAAACAGAGGAUAUAUUUGCUGCGUCGCAGAAACGAACAAGGGGAGACACCUCUGUUUCUAGCUGCUAUCAAUUGGCGAAAACAAGCCUUUGCAUACCUCUCUGAUAUUUCAAGAGAUAGCAUCACUUUGCAAGAUCUUGUACGAGACAAUGGGGAUAGUAUUCUUCACUCCGCUAUCAGUAGAGAAUAUUUCGAUUUGGCAGUGAUAAUAGUGCAUUUCUAUGAUUUCCUGAGCACACAUCCCAAUAAAAAGGAAUCCACUCCGCUCAAAGUCCUUGCCACUAGGCCGUCGGCCUUCCCAAGUGCAAACAACCUUUCAUGGUGGAAGAAAAUCCUGUACCAUUGUACACUUGUAGAACCACUUGAAGUUGAAAGAACGAUGAAGUCGAGUUUGAGAAAGAUGGAACGCCCUCCAAGAUCUGAUAAAAUGAUACUCCCAAAGAACUACACCACCUUAUAUGACUUCUACACCAUUUUAUAUGACUUCUUUUCUAAAUUGUUUUCUACACUGUUUUUUGCUCUGUUCAGUGCUGCUGCUCUACUUGUGCGGGGAAAGAAUGAGCAUGACACAGAAAAGCAAUCAAACAAUAAAGAGAAUGACAAGACAGAUGGAGAUGAUGUUAAGGUUGGAUUUCUUCCACCAAAUUAUGCAACCUUUCAUCAUUUUAUCAAGUCUGCAUACGUACAUAGUCUUGGCCUUUCAGGAGUGGCUUUAAAGGAGGUAAAAAAGACGAAGAAGAAACACCAAUGGAGUGGUCAACUCCUGAAUGCACUAAUGAGAAGACCUUAUGCAGCAUUCACGGGAAGCGGGGGUCAACCAACUAAUUGGGAAGUUGAAACAGACAUGUUUUCUGUUUAUCAAUAUCACCGAUGGAAACAAGGUGAAACCAGCAGAUUGGAGUGGUCGGAAGAAGAAAAAGAACCAGAGUCCGCUGGCAAAAGGGAAAGUACAAAUCCAGGUUACGCAAAGGAGGAAACAGAAAAAGAUGGUGCCGAGGAAACUGAGAAAGAGGACUUAAAGGAGACAGCAUUUUUGGUUGCAGCAAGAAAUGGCAUAGUUGAAAUGGUGAACGAAAUUCUACGUCGAAUACCAAGUGCCAUUCAUAACACUAACUCAAAGAAAGAAAAUGUAUUGCUGGUCGCAGUAGUGAAGAGACAACCCCUUGUUGUUGAGGCUUUGAGAAUGAGAAUGCAAUCAAAACCAGAAGUUUGGAAUAACUUAAUUCUGGCAGUGGAUGAAACCGAGAACACCAUGUUGCAUUUGGCAGCACAUGCACUCGGCGGCGAUAAGCCUUGGCAGAUAGCUGGUUCUGCCUUACAAAUGAUGUGGGAUAUAAAAUGGUUUCAGUAUAUAAAAAGCCUUGUCCCGCAACACUUCUAUUUUAGAAGCAAUAAAAAAGGGAAAGCAGCAGGGGAAAUCUUCACAGAAACACAUAAAGAUCUUAUAAAAGAGAGUAGUGAAUGGCUUAAGGACACAUCUGAAUCUUGUUCUGUUGUGGCUGCGCUUGUCGCUGGUGUUUCCUUUGCCACAGCCAGCGCUGUACCUGGUGGAACCAACGGUGAAACAGGUAUGCCUAUAUUAGAAGGCAAGCCUGCAUUCGAUGUAUUCGCUAUUUCUUCGUUAAUCGGACUUUGCUUCUCCGUCACUGGACUCAUAAUGUUCCUUGCUAUACUUACUUCUCGUAAACAAGCCAAAGAUUUUCGCAGGGAUUUGCCACUGAAACUUCUUCUCGGUUUGAGUUCUCUUUUCAUAUCCAUUGCUUCAAUGUUUGUUUCUUUCUGCACCGGCCAUUUCUUUCUUGUUAGCCACAAAUACAAGAACAUACUAUUCCCCAUUUAUGGAGCCACUUGCUUGCCUGUGACUUUCUAUGCCGUAGCACAGUUUCCACUAUACUUUGAUCUUAUAACAGCUAUUUUAACUAAGGUGCCAGUGGCAAGUGAUAAAGGCGACAAUUUAUAG